CCAAGCAAUUGCUAAUCGCAUUGCAUGUCAAAUUUAUAAUUCAAUGUAAAAGUCAAAAAACACAGUGAAGCAAACACACAUGUGUGGCAAUUAAAAGUGCUUGGUGCAAUUAGUGAAAUUACAAUUCAAGAGAAAUGAAUUGUUUAAUUGUGAUUUGCCUCUUUACGCUUAUUUUCAAAGAUGUGCAAACGCUGCUGCUGAACCAAAUGGAUUGGAAAAAUCUGCUUAACAGCGGAGCGCUGGAUGUGAACGUGUUGCGCUGUUUUCUGCGCGACAAAAACUUUUGUCCCAGUCCCUACAUUGAGCAUCGCCUCUAUGCACCCAAUGGGCCACGCUCUGGGCUGCCACUGAACAUACACAAUCCGUUGACCCUGUACAAGGGCGGUUUCAGCAAGCAGCGCGAGACGGUAUUCAUAGUGCAUGGAUUUAAUGGGACCGCCAUUGACAUGCAUCUACAGUUUCUGAGGGAUGCAUAUUUGUCGCGCGAAUUUAAUGUGAUAACUGUCGAUUGGCGACCACUGACCCGCUACCCCUGCUACCUGCACUCGCUAAUCAAUACGCGCCUGACGGCACAGUGCACGGCUCAGGUGUACUCAUUUCUCACACACUAUGGUGCCUCGCGUGAGAAGAUCACCUGUGUGGGCCAUUCGCUGGGCGCCCACAUCUGUGGCAUGAUUAGCAAUCACUUGACCAAGAAACAGUAUCGCAUCAUAGGCCUGGAUCCAGCGCGUCCACUAAUCGAGCGCAAGAAGAGCAAUCGAUUUCGCUUGUCCCACGAUGAUGCGAGUGUCAUACAGGUGCUCCAUACCAAUGCCGGCUAUCUGGGCCAAGAAGACAAUACGGGGCAUCUCAACUAUUGUGUAAACGGUGGCCGCGUGCAGCCGUUCUGCAAAGGAAAUCCGAUUAGACGCUAUCGCUGCUCGCAUUUUCUAAGCAUAUGUUACCUGGCCACGGCCACCAUGAAGCACACCAAGUUCAUGGGCGUUCCCUGUCCCAAUGGCUGUGUGAAUCUGUCAGGCCCCAAACGUCUGCCAGUUAACGGUAAAGUAAAUCCAUUUGAGUUUAUAUCACUGCUGCGAGAAUAUUAUAUAGGAAACGAUGCACCUGAUAGUGCUCGCGGCUGCAUUUGCAUUGAUGUCCCAUAUGCUAAACACUGUCCCUUCACGGAUUGAUAAUAAUCGGAACAAUGGUGCUCAAUGCACGCUGUACUAACUAUAUUUUGUAGAUACAUGUUUUAAGAAGCUUUAGGCACUAAUUUUAAACAAAUGGACGGUACAGUUUUUAAGAAAAUUAUUUAUUUGUAAGCCAAACUCAUAUAGUUCAGUCAUAAGGUCUAUCGAACUGCUAGUUCCUGCGCGAACUGAACCACUGUUUGGAUUCAGUGUUGGACAAUUUUAUACAGCAUUGGGCGGGAACAAAGCAAUUCGAAUUAUAUGUAUUCAUGACAAAACUGAGCGGACACAUAAAUAAAACUUU